GAAAUUGUACCGCGAUAAACAGUGACGGAAGGAAACAAGGGCCACAGAAACGAAAGAGCGACCCUAGAAAACGGAGGAAAUUGCAGAUAAUUCCUGGAGAACAUAAUUGCAGUCAGUGCUAGGGACGUUUGUAGGAGUGUAAAACAAGACAAAAGGACAAGUUGGAAGGGAGAGCAAAGUGCCAGAGUAGGACAAAUACCAAAGUGAUUGUGAGUGAAGCGAGUGACUGGGAUUUAGUGGGAGAAACUCGGACAGAGAGCAGAAGUGUGAAGGAGCAAUGGACGUAGCUAUGGAAACAUAGGCAAAGUGAGUGUCAGAAUGUGCCCAUGGGAAUGGCCAGGGACCAGCAGAUAUUGAACGUGAGCUCCAUUAGAAUGAAAACAAGGGAAAGGACUCGCAUCUAGAGAGAAGGAUUUGGGAUAUUUUUAGGUGUAAGAGAGAUUGAAUGUGUAAUUAAUAGCACAAGAACAGUGUGAGUGACAUGCCUGAGACUGGGGCUAGCAGCAGAUCAAACUGAGGAAAGUGUUGGACAGCCAGGCCUCAGAAUCCUCCUGCCCAUUAGGAAUACAGUGACAGAGUGGGGACAAUCUACUAUUACCAGAAAAAUGUCCCACAUACAGGAACUGCUGAGCCGGGAAGUGAAAAUCCAGCUGAAGAACAGAGAAUGCGACGAGAGGAGGCUUUAUGUUCGGAUCUGCAUUGAGAUGCAUACUGCUACAAGCCCUGCACAUAAAAAGGACAUGGUGAUUCGGUUAACUGAUGACAUGGACCCUUUUUUCCUCUAUAACCUUGUUGUAUCAGAGGAGGAUUUCCAAAGCCUGAAGAUUCAGCAGGGGCUUCUCAUCGAUUUCUCAGCAUUCCCCCAAAAAUUUAUUGAUUUGCUUUGUCUGUGUAUCCAGGAGGAAAAUAAAGACACACCAAGAUUUCUGCUACAGCUGUCUCCAUCUAACUCCGUCAUGGGUGGCUCUCCUGCACAACUUGAUGUUAUAGAGACCAAUCCAUUUAAGCUUUUAACCCAUUUGUCGCUUCGACUACUGCCUGCAAAUGACUUGGAAAUUAAGAGUUACCUGGCUGCAUGCCUAAGGAGCAUUAAGGAUGAAAAAAACAUUUUACAGCAGACAUUAAAUAAAACAGUGGAAGAUCUUAACCAAAAACUGCUCAGCACUCAGCAGUCCCUGUCUGAGAAGAGCCUGGAAUUGGACAGAGUGAAAAGUGAGCGGUCACUUCAGGUCACAGCCCUGACUAAUCAACAUACUGCAGAGUUGGCAAAUGAGAAAGAGCAGGCCCAGAAGGCUCAUGCUCACCUACUGCAACAGUAUGAACAGCAGAGAAAGGACCUGGAGAGCUCUCACCAACGAAGCAUUCAACAAACACACAGCCGACUUACCGAGCUGGAAAGCAGUAACAAAGAGCUGCUAGAGAAGAGGUACAAGGCUGAGUCCACAGUCCGUGAGCUCCGUGCUAAAUACCAAGGACUGGAAGAGGAAACUCAGAGAGCCCAGCAGCAGAUUGUGUCCCUGAAAAGGGAGAACACAACUCUGGAUGCUGAGUGCCAUGGUAAGGAUAAGGAGUUGAACCGUUUGCAGACAAGACUGGCUGUUGUGGAGCAGGAACUUAAGGACAAGGAGCAGCUACUUUUGCGAAGCAAUGAAGUGCUUUCAGCAACCCAAGAGCAAAAGGUUGGGUUAGAAGCCACUGCUGAGAAAAGGCAAACACAGUUUGGGAAGCUGGAAGCAACAAUAAAAUCCUUGUCUGCAGAGCUUCUCAAGGCCAAUAAUAUUAUUAAGAAGCUGCAGGGUGACCUGAAGACCCUGAUGGGUAAAUUAAAACUGAAGAAUGCUGUGACUGUGCAGCAGGAGAAAAUUCUGUCUGAGAAGGAGAAGCAGAUCCAGGAGGAACAAAGACAGCUGCAGGAAGCCAAGCAACAUUUGCAGCUAAGACAAGAAGAGUUUGACAAAGUACAGGAACAGCUUCAGCAAACGGAGCAGAAUCUUGUGGACAGCAAAGAGAAGCUACGAACAAAUGAAAAUGUUAUAUCCUGGAUGAACAAGCAGCUUAAUGAAUAUCAGUCUGGAGGCAAUGUACCUUUGAAGACAUCGGCAUUACCCAGCCAAACAGAUAACAGGGCACCUUUUCUUGCUGCUCGGAUGACCUACCCUCUUCCUGCUUCUUACCAGCCCAGAUCCUUCCUACCUGUUGCCGCUACAUCUAACCAGCCUCCACUAGACACUCAUUCAUCACGCCAGCAGGGUCAGUACAACAUUUCUUACCCCAAAUCAAACCUACAGUGUAUAACAACAACACAGCGAUCUUCCAUCACAAAUAAAGAAAACGGAAAUGUCAUGGGUUUGGAUCUGAAGUACCUAAAGAAGAGGGAAGGUGGAUUUCCUCUGCAGGGACUGAACCACAAUGUGGCCCCAGUCACAGAGCAUGUGAAGCCCUCUCUCCUUCCAGUAACAGACAUCAGGACAGCAGCACCCCCUCCCCACUCUGCAUACUUCCCAGCCCAUACUCCUUCAUCAUGACCAAUUCACUCAAUACAAGUGGCCUCACAUCUGCCAACAUCCCGGUGUGAAUUUGCAAACAGUGCCAGAUGCAUCAACAUUUGUGCUCUUAGACUGGACUCUGAAAUCACUGUGAUUAUUUCCAAUCAGCUAGCCAACACUUGUCACUGUUCUGACUGUUCUAAUAUAUAUAAAUAUAUAUAUAUAUAUUUGUGCAUUUAACGAAUAUUUGUUUUGCUCUUUGCUUCAACAGCAUGAAAGAUAAGCAUUGGUGUCUGCACAACAUCAGACCAGUGCAGAUAUAUAAUGGCACACAGAAUUUAGUAUUUAUUCAGACCUAUUUCUCUGUAUGUGGAUGUUUAAAAAGAACUUUAUACACAGGAAAAGGACAUUUGUGGAAAUGGUGAGUGGACAGAGAACUCUUCAAUUUGUACCUGCUCAGAACUGAUGGAAUGUGGCAUAUUGGAUAUCAUUGUAACAACAAGGGGGUUCUGAUAAAUGCUUGUGUAAAAUAAUAAGCAAAAUAUUCAA